UGUGGCUGGGCGCGGGGCCGCGUCCCUGUGCCCUGCCCGCCCGCCGGCCAUGCCUUUGCCCCCCACGGAGCUGCACCCCUCGGAGCGGGUGGUGGUGCUGGUCUCCUGUGCCCUUUCCUUCCUGGGCUCCAGCCUCCUGGUCUGCACCCACGCCCUGUGGCCGGAGCUGCGGACGCGGCCUCGCCAGCUCCUGCUCUACCUGUCGCUGGCCGACCUCCUCUCUGCCCUCUCCUACUUCUACGGGGUGCUGCAGGACUUCGAGAGGACCUCCUGGGACUGCGUGCUGCAGGGCGCCAUGUCCACCUUCUCCAACACCAGCUCCUUCUUCUGGACCAUGGCCAUUGCCCUUUACCUCUACAUCACCAUCGUGAGGGGCUCGCCCACAGGCACGGGCUUGCUCUGCUGCUUCCACGUCGUGAGCUGGGGAGUCCCCCUUGGCAUUACGGUGGCGGCUGUUGCUCUGAAGAAGAUUGGCUACGAUGCCUCCAAUGUUUCUGUGGGCUGGUGUUGGGUCAACUUGGAUGCAGAGGAUCGGGUCUUGUGGAUGUUGUUAACGGGGAAAGUUUGGGAGAUACUGGCCUAUGUGAUUUUGCCAGUGCUCUACAUCCUCAUCAAGAAGCACAUUAAUAGAGCGCAUGCAGCUCUCUCAGAGUAUCGCCCCAUUCUCUCAAGAGCACCUGCAUUUCAGCCCCGGACUUCCAUAGCAGAUAAGAAGUUGAUUCUCAUCCCUGUCAUCUUUAUCAUCCUCCGUGUGUGGAGCACUGUACGAUUCAUUCUGACUCUCUGUAACUCCCCUGCAGUGCAAAAUUCAGUCCUGGUUGUCCUGCAUGGAAUUGGUAACACGUUCCAAGGAGGUGCCAACUGCAUUAUGUUUGUCCUCUGUACGCGAGUGGUGCGGACUCGGCUGUUUUCCUCCAUUUGCUGUUGCCACUACGAUGAGCUGGAUUGGCCUUCGCCAAGAUCAAACAGCUACUGGCAGCGCCCAGAACCCCACAAGGACAAGGAUGUACCAGGCCCUGAGCGGACAGACCCCCUGCUUUCAAGCACCUGAGCCUGGACUGUCUACAUCUCAGUGCUGAUUUCUUCUUUCUUGCAGGUGCAGGAUCAUCCCAGAGUCCCACAGAGGGAGCUAAAGCCUGGGGAAAAGCACGGCUGGAGUGGCUGAGCAGACAGAAAGGACCCACUGCUCCUCGGUGUUCGGAUCCCAGCUGCUUUGGUCUUGAGCUUUGCUCAGGAUCCUCUGGAAGAUACUGUUUGGCUGUACUCGCAACUUCUUGGUUUUCCUCCCUCCUUCCCUCUCCCACCACUAUAAAUCUUAAAAAUUGUUUGGGGUUUUGCUUUUCUGUCUGACAAGGCGAAUGCGUUGUGAGUUCUGGGGUGAACAAAUACCAUGGUGUUAGGAAAACUGCAGGAGCUGCCAAAUAGGACUAUCCUGGGCGUGGAUUUCAGUCCUAGUGUGUGAGAUGUUCCAGGGAGCUCCAGACUGGCUCCUGUUCUUCACUUGAAUGUGGACAGGAGCGUGCAAACACACCUGUUUGGUGGUGGUGAUGGAUGGUUCCUCUUGAUGGUUUAUUCCUCCUCCUUGGUGGUUAGGGGUCGUCCUCAUCAGGGUUUGUGGUGGCAGCAUAUUUAUUGCCUCCUGGGAACAGCUGAGCUCUGCAGACUCCCUUGGUGCUCAGGGAAGUCUGGGUGUAGCACCCCAGCCUCCUAGCCCUC